GAGUAACACCUUGCCGUAACAUCCAAAAUGACCACUGACACUGCCGCUUUGUCGGACACGACGAACAAGCCGCUACAGGUCGUGUUUCUGCAUUUGGAUUUGGGGAUUGGGGGCGCGGAGCAGCUUGUCCUGCAGUUGGCGCACGCGUCGGCCUCUCCACACGUGGGACACGAGGUGCAUCUCGUUACGACCCGGUGCGAUCCCACCCACUGCUUUGCAUCGGUCCAACCGGGAGGCGACCUGCACGAUGCCCUGCACGUGAAAGGACAAUGGAUUCCCGCGGACCUGUGCGGCUACGCUCGCGCCUUUUGCAGUACCCUCCGUGUUCUCUAUCUGAGUUUCUGGAUUGCCCGUCGUUGGCCCGACGUGGACCUCAUUGUGGUUGACGUGCUGCCCACGCCGCUCCCUUUUUUGCGAUAUCUUAGUCACGCCGCGUUGUUGUUUUACUGCCACUUUCCCGAUCAACUGCUCGUUCGACAACCGUCGGCGUCGGGGCGUGUAUCGCAGAAUCAUCGCGCACUCGCGCUGGCCAAACACUACUACCGACAACUCCUGAAUGCAGUGGAAGAGCUGUCUAUGCGUCACGCCGACCUGUGUGUGGUAAACAGUUGCUUUACCCAACAAACGGUCCGAAACACCUUUCCCUCCUCCUUUCCCGAGCCCAAUCCAUUGCCGGUUCUCUAUCCCGCCCUGGAUGGAGCGCCCAGCAUUGUCGAUUUAAUAUCUUCCUCCUCAAACAAGAAGAAAAAUCUGAUAGUUUCGCUCAAUCGCUACGAACGUAAAAAGAAUUUGGAUUUGUUGAUACGUGCCGCAGCUUGGCUGCGACAACACAACCAACCGAUGCCCGAAGCCGUCGCGAACCAGACGGAGCAGACCCACUUUGAAAUCGUCAUUGCCGGUGGCUACGACGUGCGCAACGUAGAAAAUGUGGAAUACCGUGCCGAACUGGAACAACUCGCCAACCAGCUCAACGUCCCCGUUACCUUUCUGCAAUCCAUCGACGAUGGGACCCGUGCGUCGCUCCUCGCUCAUGCUUUGUGCGUGGUAUACACGCCGACGGGGGAACAUUUUGGCAUUGUACCGCUCGAGGCCAUGUAUGUGGGUACACCCGUGGUGGCUGUUGAUGACGGAGGACCGAAGGAAACGAUUCGACACGGAGUCACGGGAUUCCUGUGUCAGCCCACACCGGCUGACUUUGGUCAAGCCCUACAAACGCUGCUGAACGAUCCGGAACAUGCGGAGCGCAUGGGACGGGCCGGGCGGGAACACGUUCGGGAUACCUUU